AUGCUGUUUAAAUUUGGUGUUACGUUUGUCAUAGCAGUGGGGAUCAUCCUGUUCUACCUUGUCAAUAUUCAAAAUACGGAACAGCAUGGCAAUUACAAAGGAAUGGUGGGGGAUGCAGUUCAACAUGCACUAAUGGAUGAAAGCAACCACAUGAGGAAGGAAUUGGAUCAGGAGGCACAACCCGAAGAUAGAAAGAACUUAAGAAAGGAAUCAAAUGGUAAUUCAGACAAUAAGCAAGGUGUUGAGUUGAAGGUGGAAACCAUACUACCACAAGAGAAAGUUGAAAAAUUUCCAGCAGAUAAAAAGCCAGUGGUCACUGAGGCUGAUGGAGAUAAUGGAUUUAUGUUCAAAGAGAAGCGCAUUGAGCCUGUUAUACAAAGGUAUUUUUAAGAUUAAUGUUAAAAGGAUGAUAUUUUUUAAAUUUCCAAAUUUAAAGUAUUCGACAUUAAUGAAAUGUUUUAACAAACAAAAAAUUUAAUUAUCAUUAAUUUUUAUCGUUUCUUUUCUUGUUUUUGUUUUUUUGUUUUUUUAUUUAAAAAAAAAUUAAUUGUUUAAAAGAGUUGUUUAAUUUACUUGUGUAUUUUAUAUUUAAGUCAAGGAGAGCUACAUGGCCAUACUGUUCAUCUCUGUGUGGUAGUAUGCGGCAGCCGAGCAGACGAAACGAUGGUCAUGCUGAAGUCUGCAGCUAUUGUCACACCACUUUCCAUUUCAUUAGUGUUUCACAUUAUUGCGGAACCGGCCAAUCAGAUACAGUUUCGUGACCAGGUAUUUUAAAGAUAACUCUUCAAAACCUUAUAUAUAUAUAUAUAAUAUAUAUAUAUAUAUAUAUUAUAUAUAUAUAUUAUAUAUAUUAUGUAAAUUUAAUUUAAACUUUAAAAAUUUUAAUGUUUUUUGUUGUACUGAAAUGCCGAAAUGUUUACAUUUGUACUCUGUAUAAUCAUUAUUUAAGCUGAACCGAUAUUGUUUUAUUUACAUACAUUGUGUUUGUGUAUCAUUGCUGUAAAGAAAAAUUAUUUUUAAUAUUAUUUUCAAAUUGAAAGAUACCUCUAACUGGUGUUGUGGGAUAUUUGACUAACUGUUUCUAUCCCAUGAUUCACUUUCAGCUGGAGUUGUGGCCAUAUGCUCACAGGCAAAGGUUGUCCUACAAAAUUUACAAUGUUUCUUUUCCUGGAGGUGCCACAUCAGACUCCUGGAAAAAGUUGUUCAAGCCUUGUGCAUCUCAACGACUUUUCCUGCCUGUAAGUUUUAUUCAUUUAAUAUAAACAAUAUUUCCAUGAGUCGAUACAAAGAAAAAAUAAACCAUAUAAAGGUCUUGAAUGUAAUUUAAAAUUGGCUUCUACACACCUUUUGAAGGUCUGACAUAUAAUUUUAAAUUAGAUUUACAACACUGUUUGAAGGUCUUGUAAUUUCUUCAUACUCAAAAGUCUUGAACAAGGUCAGUUACUGUGAAUGUUGAGGUCUUCAAAAAUAUAGUUUAGCAUUUUUUAAUUUCAGCAUAUGAAGAUAAACUUUUUAGGGAACAUUAUUCAAAUGUUAUUAAUGAAAGUAUAUGCAAAUUUUAAUUUAUCUGAAAAUUACUUGGCACAUUAAUUAUGCAUGCAAAUUUAGAAGUUAUUCUCAAAAUUCUUGCCACAAUUUGGAUCUAACUGUUGACAUGAUUGUGUAGGACCUUCUCAAAGAUGUAACUGUUGACUUGAUAUUUUAGGACCUUCUCAAGGACGUUGACAGCCUCAUCUACGUGGACACGGACACCUUGUUCCUGCAGUCCCUCUCAGACCUGUGGCAGCACUUCAAGCGCAUGAACCGGUCGCAGCUUGUCGGCGUGGUGUCAGAAGCUGAGGAUGGGACGGCCGGAUGGUACAACAGGUUUGCCAACCAUCCUUACUAUGGAGAGUUUGGUGAGUAAACGGAGCACAUAACACGGCUUCUAACAUUUCUUGUAAUUUUAAGGAGAUUUGUGUGCUUUCUCUUGCAUUGGAUUGGAAAUUAAAUUUACCGCUAAGGCUGUACAGAUGCUCCUCACUUAAAUAGGAAAUAGAGCAUUAAUUAAACAACCGCCAAAAGUAAAGUUUCUUGUAUAAUUCCUUUAUAUGCAUUUUUUUAUUAUUUUAUUUUACAUUAAUAUUCCAAUGACCCGUCCGCUUUUACACCGCAUAAUUAUUUCACCAACUAUUUCAGAAAAAGAAACAAAAAUGAAAUAUGCAUCAAAUACACUUGCGAUAUUUUUAAAAAAAUAAUCUUUUUUAGCGCAGUUAUCUUGAAUCAUAUUUCCUUCAUGGCUCUAACACGUUGUGAACUAAAAAAAAAAAUUUAACUAAAUUUAGGAUUUAUUUGCUCAUUUCGGAUAUUGGUGACACCACUUAAAAUGGGGGGGGGGGGGCGACUUAUUCCUUUACAUGGCCCUGGCUCUAACACUUGAGCAAUUAAAAAAAGAUUGACUUAAUUUUAGAUUUGUUUUUUUUUAAAUUUUAGUGAACUAAAAAAAAAAAUUUAACUAUAUUUAAGGUUUUUUUGGCCAUUUCGGAUAUUGGUGGACCCCCCUAAAAUGGGGGGGGGGGGGCGACUUAUUACUCUACAUGGCCCUGGCUCUAACACUUGAGCAACUAAAAAAAGAUUGACUUAAUUUAAGAUUUGUUUUUUUUUAAAUUUUGCCUCUUAAAAUAAACCCUGGUUCAAAGCACCAGUUACUGAAAACUUGUCUUAUGAAUUAUUCCAGGCGUCAACUCUGGAGUUAUGCUGAUGAACCUGACUCGGCUCCGUAAGACAUCCUGGCUGAGUGAUAUGCAGAUCUUCUACAACAAAUAUUACAUGAUGAUCCCAUGGGGGGACCAAGAUCUUAUAAACAUUUUCUUUGCGGCACAUCCUGGUUAGUGGUCAAGAUUCCUGGAACCUUGUGUUAGAUGUUUUCUUGUGUUACUGUUUUCUUGUGUUACUGUUUUCUUGUGUUACUGUUUUCUUGUAUUACUGUUUUCUUUUGUUCUGUUUUCAGAUGAACAAUUUGACUUAAUUCUAUUUUAUCCCACUCAUUUUGUCAGUGUUAAAAAAUUUAAUUCCACCAACCAAUACUUUACAAUUCGUGACAUAUAAAAUUAAAUUCAUGCAAGACUAUAUUUAAUCAUAGCUUUUAAAUAUUAUGUCUUUGUUUCAAAACCAAUAUUGACAUAAAUUUUCCUGGCCUACAGAUUAACUUCUUUACUAUUUCAUAAAUAAUUUUUGUGUUUACAGAUCGACUUUUUUAUUACUUCAUAAACAAUUUUUUGCCUAUAGAUCAACUUUUUUACUACUUCAUAAACAAUUUUUUGCCUACUGAUCAACUUUUUUUUGCUACGUCAUAAAAAAUUGUUUGCCUACAGAUCAACUUUACCUGAUGGGCUGCCAAUGGAAUUAUCGAAGUGACCACUGCAAGUACAUGAGCAACUGCAGAGCAGCCGAAGAGAGGGGAGUGUCUGUGCUCCAUGGCUCACGGAGAAUUUUUUACAAGGAGAGGGAGCCAUCGUUUGCAGCUGUAUUUGAAACAUUUAAAAAUGUAGGUAUGAUUCUGUUGUGUCUUUAAUUCAGGUAUCAGGUUAGCACGAUCAGAAGUACACUCAUCUAAAGGGUGUUUGGAACCUGUAAAAAAUGUCAGUUUUGAUUAUGUUGUACCAAUAUUUCAAGGAUAAGAUUAAUGCACACACUGGACACAGGAGUGUACACAUUAAAAGUUUUGCAUUGACGCCCAUCAUAACUUUAUUGAGACAGGAUAACGUAGACCAAUGCUUCCCAACCUACAGUCGGCGGAGCCCUACAACCCCACCCCCACCCCCCCCCCCCCCAUCCACACGUUAACCCUUCUGCUAAACACAAUUAGUUGUAAAAUAUAGCGUAGGACAAAGAAAAUGAUUAUAAAAAUGGCUCUGCGGGUCAAAAAGGUUGUGAAGCACUGGUUUAGACAGCAGCUCAGGGGUGUCACUUUUCCGGGUUAUACUGGAAAUCAUGAUUCCUGAGGCUAAAUAUUUUUCAUUUCCGGAUUCGCAACUUUUUAUUUGCUAUCGCUUCGGGUUCGAAAGUUCAAUUUUUUCAAACAUGGGCGCUGGGUUUAAAAAAUGAAAGAAAGACAACGCAGGAGCGCGCGAAGGUCCAUCCAUUACGGGAGAAGUGGGUUGGUCGGUUUUUCGCUAUAAAUAGAACAGGUACAGUGUACCGCGACCUCUCGCCUCUCACUUUCUAGUUUGCAAGUGUCUCGUGUUAGUUAGUUUGCAAUCGCAUCCCUUUUUGCUGAGUCAAGUUACUUACACUUACGGGGAAAAGCAUAUUUCCAUUGAUUGCCUUUUCAUAUAAAUUACAACAGACAGCUAGAAGUUGCCACGUUUCUGUUAUAAUAUUUAUAAUUUAAAAAAAAAUAAUUUUACUUUAUCAAAAUGCGUUUCUUGGAUGUGAAAGAAAAAUAUUGCCGAAUUGGAGAAAACUGUUAAAAACAAGUGGUGAUGGCAAUGGUUGGAAAAUUAAAAUGACAACGGUGCUUCGUUUAAAGUUUUGUGUCAAAAAAUGAACCACCCUGGUAUGUAGACCUAAUUUACUUAAUACUAUUACUACUUAAGAAUACUAAUAAUUACUACUAUCAUUGUAGAUAUUUUUAUAACUUCUAUGAUUUACAUUUCAUAUCAUUUACUUGUUAUCUGCUAUGUACCUAACAAUUAUUGUUUACGCGCGAUUGUGAUUUUGUGUUGCUAAGAACAUUGUUUUUACCAACAUAACCAUUACCAUUAAUGAUUACCUAAAGGCUAAUGAUAGUUGUGGAUGCCACCACAUCUUUUAGGUGUUGGAGUGAAUUAGGGUUCAGGUUAGGUUUAGGGAUAAAUUUAGGGUUCAGGUUAGGUUUAGGGAUAAAUUUAGGGUUCAGGUUAGGUUUAGGGAUAAAUUUAGGGUUUAGGUUAGGUUUAUAGAUACAUUUUAGGGUUCAGGUUAGUUUUAGGGUUCAGGUUAGUUUUAGGGUUCAGGUUAGUUUUAGGGAUACAUUUACUUAGAUUUAGUGACAGAAUUUCACAGAAUUAACUGGUUUCUCAACCAAGAUGGCGGCCAAUCAUGGCAUCCACAAUCACCAUUUACCAAAAAAAAAAAAUAAAGAAAUUUAAAGUCAACCUCAAUCUUUACAGGUACAUGUUUCUGCAUAAUAUGCCAUCAAACUUUCAUCUAUGGAUCUUCUGGGAAAAGAGCUUUGACAGACCAUGCAAAUAAUCCUGCACACUGCAGUGCUUUAGCCAACCUUCAAAAGAGUUACAACUUACCUGGCACUACAUAAGAAAUUUCUAGCAGAAGACAGUCUUUAACUGAUAAGGUUCAAGAUGUCAAAACUGUUGUUGGUGCCUUCCUCGCGGAACACUGCUUACCAUAUAGCAUUUCUCCACACAUUCUUGAAUUGUGUAAAAAACUUGCCCAAGACACAGAAGCUCUAAAUUCUACAUCAAUGGGACGAACAUCAGUAACAUACACAAUUACCCAUGGUAUUGCUGAAGAAAUGAAAAGAGAACUGAGUGACAGUCUGAGAUUCAAAUUUUUUUCCCUUAACAUGGCUGCAGCAACAAACAAUGCAAGGGAACAAGUUUUUAAAUGUUCUUGUUCAAUUUUUUUGUGACACUCAAGAAAAAGUUGUUGUUGACUUUCUUGGCUCGAGGGACGUUAAUGUUUCUACUUCCGAAAAUAUUUUCAAUGCAACAGAGUCUUCUUUUUGAGAGAGGUCUCUCCUGGUUUCAGGUUAUUUCCUGUCUAAUGGACAAUUGUAAUGUGAUGCGUGGAGUCAAGAACGGGGUUGAGUCAUUGAUAUGACGAGCCAAUCCAAAUCUCCUUAAUGUCAGUGGUGACACUGUGCAUAUGAUGAAUAAUGCUGCAAAAGCAUUUUUUUGAGCCCAUUGAGGAAUUUUCAGACUUUCAAACAUUUGCAUCAAACAUAUUUUAUGAUAUAGAGGACUUCCCAAAGGCAAGAGCUUUUUUCCAUGAAGUACAGACAUUACUGUAUUCAAAGGUUUGGACCAUAUUUAGGCCAAUUUCAAAUAGAUUUUUGCAAAUGAAAGACGUUUGUGACAGAUUGCAUCAGCUGUGGGAUGCUCUAUUUGUAGUCUACUUUGGCUUCCUGUCAAACAUUGAACAAUCAAAAUAUAAGAUUGAUGUUAAAGAAGUCUAUGAAAAGUUUAAAUUAAAUACCAACCAGCAGGACAAACUUGACAACAUCUCAUAACAAUUAUGAAAACACAAACAAAAACAAAAGCUGGAACUGUCCCAAAAGAAAGUAUUUUGUUGCACCUUUCCCAUCAAAAACAGAGGACUCAGGUAACACUACAAUUGGAAAGAGGAAUAACGCAAGAUUUCGCAAAGUAUGUUAAAUGUCAUCAAUCGGAAAAGCCAGGAUGCCAUCGUCUGCAUACAGACAUGUAUGAGCAGUUGAAAACUUUUUAUUCUGGAUUUAUUGAACCCAGCAUUAUUGCUGACCCUAACAAAGGUAUGAAACACCUUGCCCAGAUAAAAACGAAGGACAGAUCAAUUCAAGUUAGGGACAGGCAACUUGCUUUGGGUGAUUUUUGUCUCCCUCUUAUUAGAGAAUGCCGUAGUGACAAAAAUAAAAAUCACUGGAUUAAUGAUUUCUAUGUUGCUGUUAGAAAAGGUUAUGUAAAUGCAAGUGAAAAGAUGAAAAAAAUGCCACUGUUAAAUAGCAUUAUAAUACAGCUAUCAUCUCUGGACCCUGGUUUGCAAAAGUCUUUCUCAACAGCUGGUGCCUUGGGGAAAUUAGCUGAAAGCUUACUAAAUGUCAUCAGUUCUGACAAUUGUGGCAUAUGUAUACUGUCGAUACAUCAAUGUCACAGUUACAUGCUGAUGAGACUGCACCCGAUUUCGACCUGGACAAAGACUGGUGGAGCAAGUUAAUAGCUCUAAAGCUAAUUGGUGAAACGAAGUAUCCAUUAUUAGGUUCACUUGUUAAAGCUCUACUCUCAAUUUUUAGUGGUCCUUGGGUGGAAAACACCUUUAAUAUCAUGGACGACAUCGUCGAAGAUGAUCGGGCGCGGAUGACCCACUAAAACUAUGAGAGUUUGGCCAUUGUAAAAAGCCACCUCAAGGCCCGCAGAGAAAGUGCCAUCACCAUGACUGUAUCUCAGUCCAUGAGAAAGUAUGUUUUUUCUGCCAGGCAGCGCCAUCAAGAGUAUAUGGAGCUACCUGCAAAAGACACUAUGGCAACAACUUACACUACCAUCCUCAGCUUCAUCUGUGCCAUCAUUAGGUACAUCUUCUGUAUCAACAAUGUCACCUGCUUCAACAUCCUUACCAUCAACACCUUUUUCUUCAGCUGCUCAAGACAUAUGAAAGAGAAAUGUGUCAAGAAAUAGAAAACAUACAGACACCACAAAUACUGCCGCCAUUACAAAAUUCUUCAAAAAAAUAUAACUUGAUUUUUUACACACUUUUACAUAUCAUUUGUUAAAUGUUUGGUGUAAAUAAUUGAUGCCUAUUUUGAAUUUAUUUCUUAUUUCAACACUGAUAAAUAUAUAAUAUAUGACACACUGAAUUUCUUAAAUAGUUUGAUAUGAUUUUAUUUAUGCGUUUGUAAUAAGUGCUGGUAAUAUGUAUUGGUUAUAUACAUGAAAUUUGGGCAAAUUAAUGUGGAUACAUAUAUGCAUAUAUGAUGUAAUCAUUGCACGAGAAAAGUGUAUGAAUUUUAUGAGUUUCGUCAAGAUUCAGGAUUGGAAAAAUUUGGAAAUGAAGUUUCAGGGUUCAAGAAAUUUUUAAAAAGGGAUUUCAGGGUUCACAGCUUACAGUGAGUGGCACCCCUGCAGCAGCUUUUUAAUCCAACACCACUGCCUGCUCUAUCCCAACUGUGGCUGUUGAGCUUUUCAUCUCUCUGUGUUGCCUCCUCCCCAAGCCUCUGACAAGUAACUUUUACUCGGCUGAUUGUCAACAGCUGGGGAUGACCGUGGACGAAUUUGAACUGGCUACCUUAAGAUAGUGAUGCAGGCAUUGAGCCUACCAUUUUGAGGCUUGAACAUAGAAAUGAACCAUUUCUUGAGUCACAGUAAUUUAAUUUAGUCCAGAUCCCCCCACUGCAUGUUUAGACUAAUUAAAAAUCCUUUUUUUUUUUUUUUUUUUUUUUUUUUUUUUGCUUUUAACGAUGAUGCAUGUUAUCGUGUUUGAGUUCCCAUGUUUCCGACAUAAACGUCUCCAACAAACAAAUAAAACAAUGACGUGUUUUUAUUUAUUAUUUUUUUUUCAAAAUGUUUCAGUAUAAGUUAGGGGAUGACCCAGAACAACAGUUUCUGAAAAUUUUGGAAGACAAUCUGAGCAAAGCCGAAUCAUCCAACUGUGGAAAAGUCUCGCAUAUUUUUCUCAUGCAGCUAUGGAAGCUUGUCAACAGAACCAUGGAAUUAAAAAAUGAGAAGGUAAUUAAAUAGGGGUUAAAGCUAGGGUUAGGGUUAAUACAUUCAGUAAGCUGCAUUAUGUCUUGUAUAGAUAUGUUCGUAUAUGUUUCUUAAAUGUUAAACGGAUAACUUGUCUGCCCCCCCGACACAUAAACACAAAGCUAUUUGAAAAAUUAAAUUUUUUGCAAAACCAGUUCUACUAGCAGUCAAUGUUGUGUUGAUCUCUUCAAAACUUUGGUUAGAUUUUUCAAUGAUGAAAUCUGAUUAGGGCAAGCCGUUUCAUCUCAGCUUGCGAACAGAAUACCAGACAGGGUGCUUAUUUAAGAUAAAAAUGUUACAUAGAUGUGUUGAAAUAAACUAUUUAUCUGAUGCCAUCACCAGUGUCUUUCAGUAAAGUAAUAUCGCAGUCCAACGAUUUUAUCUAAUGUAAAGUAUUGUCCCAGUCCAAUACUUUGAUCCUACAGUAAAGCAGUGAAAAGCUCUGUAACACUUGAUCCUACAGUAAAGCAGUGAAAAGCUCUGUAACACUUGAUCCUACAGUAAAGCAGUGAAAAGCUCUGUAACACUUGAUCCUACAGUAAAGCAGUGAAAAGCUCUGUAACACUUGAUCCUACAGUAAAGCAGUGAAAAGCUCUGUAACACUUGAUCCUACAGUAAAGCAGUGAGAAGCUCUGUAACACAACUCUUUAGCAGCUGAGGUUAUGGUUACUUUAUUUAGUGUCACCUUUAGAUCUCAAAGAUAAUAUAUGAAAUGUUUCUCCUUUAUGCACACGCAUCGCUUAUCAUCACCAGUUUACUGGAGGUUGUAUCAGAUACUCUAUAGCUCAACAGUACCGUAUGUUAUGGACUAUAAGACUCACUUUUUUUUUUCGAAAAAUUUCCUCCUAAAUUCAGGUGCGUCUUAUGCUAAAAAUUAAUAUAAAAAUGGAAAAACUGUUAUUUAAAAAAAAAUUUGCUUAAAAAUUAAGGUGCGUCUUAUAGUCUGUAGCAUCUUAUAGUCUCUAAAAUACGGUAAUAAAAUACUUUUUUGAAUUCAGUUUUAACAAAAAUUUUUAAAUUUCGAUCUGUAAUUUCGAUCAAUAGCUCAGUUUUGCAUUUAGAAGUUAAAAGAUAAACCAAAAAGAAUAAUUUGGUGAAACAUCCAUGACGCUUUAAGAUACAGUAAAUCAUUUUGUCACCAACAAAAGUUGUUUUAUAGACUGAUUUUAAUUUUACAGGAGAAACUAUCUGAUCAAGAUGUGGAUAGUAUGAGAUCUGCAGACGAAAACGCCCACAUGAGUUUUGAUGAUGUUAUUGAGGCAAUAGACAGACAUCGUUUGAAGGCAGCUGGUGACCCAGACAAGAGACACGGCAACGUCAGUUUUCCCUCGGCCUCAAAUGUGCAACAUCAGCCUGAUACAAAAUUAUUGGGUAAAAACUAUCAAGGUGUGGGAGAUACCCAUAUACAAUCACUGGACAAGGGCAGGUCGGAAGAUAAUGGAAGUGUUAUAAAAGCAGUGACUGAGGAUUACGUUAGUGAUAUUAAACGAUCUGAUGAAAAUGUGCCGCGAGCACAGAGUAACAAUGCCAUUGUCUCAGUCCAAGAGGAUGAUCAGUACGAUUAUUACGGAGAUGAGAAGUAGAAAAACAACAGCGGUAUCAAGUAUGCAAGACAUUGAAUUACAAAAUGGUAGAAACAAAUUGUAUGGAGUGAAAAAAUUCAUUGUUUAAAAUGGAG